UCGUAAAAACAAAAAUACCGUCUUCCCAAACGAAACCCUCGACGCAAGAAAGCAAGAGACAAGCGAUAGCAAGUCAAAAGAAGAGUCAAAAACGACGAUGGCGGACGUCGAGGAAAAAGUUAACAUGUCACUCGAUGACAUCAUAAAAAUGGAAAAGAAGAAGAAGAUCAAUGCAAAAACAAAACGUGGCGGAGGGCCAGGUGGUCCAGGUGGUGCUCAAAGAGGUCGCCGUGGAAGAAGCGCCUCUAGAGUCAACAUGCGUGGAAGGGGUAACAUGCAAAGAACCAGAAGCAGAAGUCGGAGCAGGGUUAGACAGAAUGGCAACCAGACAUUCAGUGGCAAACGUGGCCAAUGGAAUAGAUUUCCGCACAAUCGUGGAGGUCAAAAUAGAAGAUUUAACAACCAAAAUUAUUCAAAUUUAACAAGGUCUCGAAGCAACAUGUCUCUGAACAGAAUGAAUAUGAAUAAUCAAAGAGGCAACAGAGGUGGAUUUGGACCUCGAAGAGGUGGUAGAUUUGGUGGUAUGACACGCAGUAGAAGUCGUACAAAUUUGUCCUACAAUAAACCAACUUUCUUGGCUAACAAACGUGGAGGUUUCUUAAAGAGAACCAGCAGUAUGCCAAACUUGUCAGAUCCAUCAUCAGUUUAUAACAGACUUGGCUACCAAAGCCCAGCACAGAUUGCUUACAGAAAUAGAGUUAAGCGAGCCAAGAGUGUACUUUUACAAAAAAACAAAGUCAUGAGAAUGGCUAAUGCUUUAAUGCUUACACCUCCUAGAAACAAUCUAUCACCCAAACAACCUGUUCGACGUAACAGCAUUGGAUCUUUGCAUUCUGAUCAACUCAUGCGAGCACAAAGACGAUCCCAAUAUGAGGAUAAACUUUACAGAGCAAGUAAUGCACGCGUGAAUUCAGCAGCUAUGAAUUUUUACAACUCCAUGAAUGCCGCCACUUAUGCACCAAUGCGACAACACCCCGCAAUGGCCCUCUACCCAUCCACUAUCCAGAACAACAGCAUUGGAAUUACUCAACGCCAGAUGCAGCGACGAGGGAGAUCACCUUUUAGAAAGAACUUGCAACCUGUUAAGCAGGAACCUGGUUUUCAGCGGAGUCGUUCAGCAAGACGCAACAGGUCACGUUCGAGGUCAAGAUCAAGACCAGCACCAAGUCGUCGAAACAGCGUGAUGAACCUGAUGGACAAUGAUUAUGAGGAUCGCAGCUUCAGUGAAGUCAUGUACAGCUUGUCUAACAACUUUGGUAUUACUGGGCGAACUCUCAAUGACCGAUUCAGCUUCUAGGAAGAAGACCUAGAUAAAUUGUUAGGGCUGGAUUUAUAAUCCUUUUUACUUUAAACUAUUGUCAAAGUAUAUCUUUUUAUCUUAUAUAUUUUUUACAUAAUUUACCUUCGUACUUUCGCUUAUAUCUUACUGUAGAUUUAGAAAUAUUUAAUUAUAGAAAAUAGAACCGCGCAAUAAGGUCUAUUAUUAUUUUUUUAUUGUCGAUUACACAUUUUUCCUCUAUGCAAUGGUGAUUAUUUUCAGCCCUAAUAACAAAAUUUUCUCAUGCGAUUUUUCGGAACUCCUAUAAUUUUCAUAUUUUCCUCUCAUUUUUUAUAAUUUUCUUUGAAUUUCUCUAAUUAAUAGAAAAAAAGCCUGCGUUUUUAUUGACGUAAAAGAUAUAAUAAAAAUUGAGAGACUGUAAAGUAUGAAAGGCAAUUGGAUCCUUUAAUGUAUAGCAUGUAAGCAAUGUGACUUUGUUACUCGAGCGACGAGUAUACUUAAAAGCAAAGUUCAAAUGUAUGAAUUCUACGAGUGAAUUAAUGCAAAGCACUUUACUUCAAAAGCUAAUUUAGUUUAAAAAGAAAAGAUAACAGUUUUGUUAACACGAGUUGUGAUAUGUCAAGUACGAUUAUUCAACAAUCUCCUUGGUUAUGUGCAUUUAGAUCUCUCAUUUAAUCUGCGCAACCAAUUGUAGCUAUGUAUCUUCUUGUUUUCUCUUUGUUUGUAUUAUCUCAGUAAUAGGAAAACAAAAUAAGCAACCAAUGGUACCUUGGAAAAAAUGUAUGUAAAAAUUUCUGUAAAACCAUGCCAAUUCAUGAAGUAAUAAUAAACAUGAACAAAUACAGAAAGAGCUCUGUAAUCGAAA